GACUUCCCCGUGAAGUGCGGCACAAAUAUCCAGCUGGUCGUUCGGGUCGAGCAGACACGCACCUUCCCUCGUGAAGGACAUCACCGUGGCAAGAGGUCUUACACCCACUUCAAAUGGUUGGAGGGGAGGUGGAUAUCCCCAUCCAUGGACCUGGAGCAAAUUAUCCAGCAGAUUGAAACUGUAGAAGCACAGGCUCUGAAAGAAGAUUGUUCUUGGAUGUCCUUUGCAGUGGGUGACCUCAAGAAGCGUUAUAACAUUAGGACAAAGAAUCAUGAUCCUCAUGCUAACCUGAAUUAGAAUGUGAAUAGGCUGAGGGAAACAGGUUGUACAAGUGAGCGGAACAUGCAACACAGGACAGUCCCAUUUCUGCAUAUUCUGUGAAUUUUGGCAGUGGAGGGAG